AUGCUGAUGGGCUUCACAGAGUACAAGGUGUUGACGACAAGCGACAGCGGCGGGCAGGUAUCUUUGUGGGAGAUCUAUUUCACGCCUUGGUCUAUCGACGGCCUCGGCACGUUCCAAGACGGCGGCCUGGUGGCCAACAACCCCUCCGCGAUCGCUUUGCAAGAGGUGGCUUCGCUUUUCCCCGAAACCCCCGACCCAAGCCUCCUGGCCUCGGCGGGUACAGGCUCCUCUCGGGAGGAAAAGCAGCUAGCGCGCGAGCCCAACGGGGGAUGGCGGGACUACUUCCCCUUCCGCCUGGCGCGGGCCUUUCGGACCCUUCGCAGUGACAAGAACGCCUGGCAGCGGCUCGUGGCGCACAAAAAGGUUGGCCGAUCGGGUGAGUUCUUCCGCUUUGACGUCGAAUUCGACGGCCCCGAACCGCCGUUGGACAGCCUGUCCAGCUUUGACGAUCCCGAAUGUGAUGAUGAAUGUACUUUCGAAGGCCUGCCGGCAUUGAAGCGGUUGGCACUUUGCGCAAGGGCAGAGCUGUUUAUCUUCGAGCUGCGUGCUUCGCGACCAUAUCUGUUUUCUGAGGGAGGGUACGAGUGCUGCGGACACAUCCGUUGUCGGCUGGGUGCCCGCUCUGAAAGCUUGAAAGAGUUCGUGUCGCAACUCGCCAGGAGCAAGGCUCACUUCCGUAUCGGCGGCCAUGAAGUAGCAUGUGACUUUGCGUCGUACCCGAUGACCCGGCCAGACGGCCAUUUCUUUUUGGAAGUGAGGUUUCGUGUGGCCAGUCUGCAGGAGUCCCUGGCCGUCUGCCUGUGGGAGACUCCCGACGAGGGUCGCAACAUCAGCGGCUCGCCAUUUACCGUUCAGCAGCUGGUGCGGAGCCAAAAGCUCGAGCAGUGCUUCGGUACGUCUGACCAUCGUACCAAACGAUGUCGAGACGAUGACGAUGAUGAGACAAGCCGUAAACGACCAAAAUGCAGGCGGUAG